AUGGUGGGGAGACAGUUCGAGUUCGAGGACCCGAAGGAUGGUGUGGUGCCUCCUUUCGAGGAAAAGAAGGUCGUCGAUGAGGUCUAUACCGAUAAUGAUGUUGCGUCGGAGGAGAUCGUCAAGGAUUGGGAUGACAAGGAGGAGGGCAAGCUGCGGAGGAAGAUUGAUAUCAUCCUCAUCCCCAUCCUCGCUCUCGCUUUCUUUGGCCUCCAGAUCGAUCGCGGCAAUAUCAGCGCUGCCCUUACCUCCACUAUUACCGAAGACUUAGGCGUCACCACGAACCAAAUCAAUAUCGGAACACAGUUGCUUUCGGCUGGCAUUGUCAUCACGGAGAUCCCGUCGAAUAUUAUACUUCAGCGCAUCGGUCCCCAGAUCUGGUUGUCGACACAGUUGGUCGCUUGGGGUUUGGUUGGCACGUUUCAGGCCUUUGUGCAAUCGUAUCCGGCGUUUCUGGCCACGAGGUUGUUGUUGGGACUGUUGGAGGGAGGGUUCAUUCCUGGUUUGUCUGAUCGCCCCGUUUGGUCUGUGGUGGUAGGGCUAACGAUGGGUUUGGUAUAG